CCCAGCGCAUGUAAACACUCAUGGCCGCCGUCAGCUGACCGACAGUGGGCUGGCCAGCGAUACAAGUUAGGUUAGAUGGAAAAUUACACCCAUAACUCAGCUCCCAUGCCUAAUUAUGUCGUCUGAGAGUGACCCAGAGGAGUUUUAUGAUGCAUCAGACGUCACUCCGCACCGCCAGACCAGCAGAUUGGAUGAUGGAGUGUCUGGAGAACUGUUCUCCCAAGUUCACCUGCAGACGACCCAAGAGCAGACUACUUCUUUGGCAAACCUUACUCUGAAACAUGAUUUGCUUCAGAAUACAGACAGCACACUUUCUCAGCAAUGCCCUCCUCCAUCCUUGAUGCAGCCUCCUGCUCAGCCUUUCCUGCAUCCUCUCAAAGUAUUUAAUCAGCCUCCCUCAAAGGAUUUAGUGAGUUCUGACCAAGCCAAGAAUGAAGGCCUGCCUGUUGGAGUGGAGAAGGAGGAAUGUCUCAGUCUGGGAAGCGCAAGUGGAGGGAAGCGGGAUAUGGAGGAGUCCAGCAGCGCCUGCAGCGGCUCACUGCUUGGAAACCUGGCUGAUGAUGAUGAUGAGGAUGAUGCUGCUGCCCCACGAGUCUGGUCAGGGGGAAGACGACGCAUCAGACACCCAGAGGUUCGCCGGCAAAUCCAGACUGAAGACGAUGACCACAUCAAUCUGCCCUCACCGCUUGGAAGUCAGUCGUCCUCAGCUGAUGGAAUAUACCCGUCUGGCAGAACCUCUCACCCUUUCCGAGUAGUGGAACAUGAUGCCGCCAGUGUUCAGAGCUCAAUAUCACUGGGAAAGGUUGGUAAAAUAUUGGGUGGACUAGAAGGCCAUAUCAUUCAGGAAGGUCAGCAGAGCAAUGAAACUCAGCCAGAAACAAAGUCUAUUGAAUCGUCUCACUCGGAUCCCUCCAAAGACGUCAGACCAUCAGCAAGUGUGAAGUUGGCUAGUGACAUAGCUGGGAUAACCAUGUCUCCAGAACCUGACCUCGUGGCCAGCACAAAAAGCAGCUCGGGCAGCGACAAGUCCAACAGCCUCCCUCGCACAGGACAGGACUCUCUCCCACCUGAUCUGCCAACACUUGACGUUUCCUCCCAGCCACAAAUAGCAGUGUCUGAUGCCUUCCCUGUACCGCACCUGUCCCACUCUGAACCUUCCAAAAAGGAUGGUGCUCUUGAGUCUUUGCCUGGGGUAUCUACCACUGCACCUACUCCUUCUCUUUUGGAUGAUAUUAGGAGUCAGCCCCGUAUAGGUAUCCAUUACACUAGCAAUUAUGAUUCAGAGGCUGGCAACAUGAGAGCUACAUCCUACAAGGUUCAUGCUCCAGCUGCAGUGGUUCAGGGUCCCCACCAGUACCCACCACCAGGCCAAGUGACAAGCGUCCCUGUUGCUCCACCUAGAAAAAAGAGAAGGAACAGGCACAACACUGAUGAUGACACGGCAAGUGUAUCGUCUCUUCCCUCCCCCUCACUCGCCCUCUCAUCUGUGGACGCCAUCAGUAUUGGUCAGUCAUUAGAUUUACGUCAAGCCGUCCGUGGAGAAUACCUUGUUAAGCCCCAGGACUCAGAGAAUGCUAAAGCAUUGGGUCCAACUCCUGAGGAAAUAGCUCGACUAGAAGCUGAGGACAACACUAGUCAGGCCUCAACCCCAGAGGUGUCUAGAGCACCAAGUCGUCUUGCCAGCUCCAGCCAGCAGGCAGCCUCCGCCAGUGAGACUCCCAGCACCCCAGGAACUCCAGGCUCCAUCCCCUCAGACACAGCAUCAUCAGAUGUGGCUGCCAGUCCAGCCUCCAGCAAUGAGGGUCAAGUGAAGCAACUCAACUUGAUGGUUCGGACUCGAUCAGACUCUGGAAAAGAGCUUUCUGAUGCGGAAUGGAUAUUGCAGUCUCCUGUUGACUUUGAUGACAUCAUGAGUGACAAAGAGAUCCUGCAGCAAGUGACUGUGCUGAAUCUCGACACUGGUGAAAGAAUUGCUCUCAGUGAUGCCGAGAACUGUCUGCCCAAGGCCCUCAACCCUCUCUCCCUCCACAUCAUGAGACUCACAAGUGAAUAUGUCAGAGGACGAGCCACAUCAGGAAGACCAAUGUCAGCUGUAGACAGCUGCCUGCAAGCGCUAAGCCCCAGCAGCUCUUGCAGUUCUAAUGUUGAUGGGCCAGAGUCAGAUGAAGAAAGUGUUGUUGAGGUGAGCGUCAAGAAACUUCCCGAUGUGGACAGUUCAGCAGUGAAGAAAAAGACAUCCCAGCUGAAGAAAUUCUUGGGUCGAAAAAUGGAGUCUGCUGUGAACAAAGCACGAUCUCUUGCUCAUGAGGUUUCCCACAGACACCGUGAAGAGAAGGACAUUUUUGAGGAUGACGCACCAGCCCAUGACACUAUGCACUAUGUCAAGAUCAAAACUGGCCACAAAGGACCACAUGAAUUUGACAACCUUAUGUAUGUUCAGGAAAUUGCAGGGGAGCACACUGGGCCAAUAUGGUGCACAAAGUUCAGCGGGUGCGGCCGAUUGCUGGCCACGGCUGGACAGGACCACAUGCUGCGGGUGUGGGUGCUCAAACAAGCCUUCAACUACUUCCUGGACAUUCGCACAAAGUGUAAUGCUGACAUCAAGGUAUCACCGACUCCCUCUCAAGAGUCGCUUGUGUCACAACAUUCAGGGCAGUCAGGGGAGGAUCCAGGCUCCCUUGACCCCACAGAUGAUGGAAGUGCUCCAUUCAUGCCCAAGCCUUUCUGCGUCUACACAGGACACUCAGCAGACAUGCUGGAUAUCUCCUGGUCCAAGAACUACUUCUUGCUGACCUCCUCAAUGGACAAGACAGUGAGACUGUGGCACAUCAGUAGAAAGGAAUGUCUUUGUAUAUUUCAGCACAUGGAUUUUGUCACAGCAAUUGCAUUUCAUCCCAAGGAUGAUCGCUACUUCAUAUCUGGUGCACUGGACGGCAAGAUAAGACUGUGGAGUAUACCAGACAAGAGAGUUGUUCUGUGGAAUGAAGUGGAAUGCCAGCCAAACCUCAUCACAGCUGCAAACUUCUGCCAGAAUGGAAAAUAUACAGUGGUUGGGACAUAUGAUGGCCGGUGUAUGUUCUAUGAAACGGACCAGCUGAAGUACUACACACAAAUCCUUGUGAAAUCCACACGAGGAAAAAAUGCCAAGGGUCAGAAAAUUACCGGAAUAGAACCUUUGCCAGGAGAAGAUAAGAUUCUGAUUACAAGUAAUGACAGCAGAAUACGCUUAUAUGAUCUGAGGGACCUCAACUUGUCCUGCAAGUAUAAAGGUUACUCCAAUACAUCUAGUCAAAUAAGAGCAGGAUUCAGCCAUGAAGGGAAAUAUAUCGUUGCUGGAAGUGAGAAUCAGUGUAUAUACAUAUGGAAGACUCAUCACGACUGCUCAAAGUUCCCAUCGGCCAGAAGGGACAGGAAUGAAUAUUGGGAAGGAGUCAAAGCUCACAGUGCAGUUGUGACCUGUGCUGUGUUUGCUCCCCAUCCUGAGCUGGUGUUCAGCUUUAUUGAGCAGCAGCAGGAGAUUCUCAACAAGGCCACUCAGCCCCCAGAGGAGCAGCAGCAGCAACAGCAGCAGCAGCAGCAGCAAUCUCAGAAUAAGGAUAGCGGCACCAAUAACAAAGGAUAUGUUCUUGUCUCUGCAGACUUCAAUGGCUGUAUCAAGGUGUUUCUGAAAAAGGAAAAGCCUAAGCAUUCUUCACUGCCAGCUUCAGCUCUGGUGUAGAAAGGUUUAUAGCACAGAAGGUGAUAAUCAUAUAUUACCAAUAAAGGAAGACAUUUUUAUGCAUUUUUGUUUAUUUCUUUCUUGUUACAUGUAUAGGUAUUGAAUAGCCUUAUAUGCAUCAAAGCCAAAGGAGAGAGGCAAUACUGGAAAUAAUGUUGAUGUUUGAUGAUUGAUUAUGGUUUUAACUUGCCAGUCAUUGUAUAUGCAAGCUGUGACAGACCGCUAUCAAAUGAGUAAUCUUGAUUGAAGAUUAAAGAUGAAUGAAUUUAAAAUUUUUAUACUUGGUACAAGGUAUUAAUGAUUUCUUUUAACAAAAUGAUAAGAUUUCAAUCUGGUCAUAUUUUACAAAAUAUUUGACCAUCGGUUGAGAAAUUUUUAUUCUUGCUGUGAUAUAGUUCAUAUUUUUCAGUGAAUUUGUAUAUAUCAUGUACAUUGAAACCCUGACACAUAGUAGGAUUGACAUGAUAAGACCAGAAUGUAAUGAUGUUUCCAUACCUACUUAAAGUAAACUCAAAAUUAUGGAAUGUGGUGGCCAGCAGCAGCCUCACACCAUGCACAGGUUCUGCUUAUGUGUCAGUCUUACAGCUCAGUUGCUGUAGUGGAGAGAGAGAGUGGUGGAAGCACCCCAUCUGUGAUACAUGUGGGGAGAUAUUCCAGCCAGUAGCAGUAAGCUGUUUUUAGAGUCCAUCUGGAUGAAUUGAAGGCAGCCUUAUUAUUCCUCCAGCAUCCAGAUGAACUGUAUUUGAAGGUAUUUUAUUGAAGCCAUCUUUAUUUUUCAGCUGAGUAAACCUGUAUGGGUCAUAAGAUCAUAUUCCGAAACACUUCUGCACACACCUUGACUUUUUCAAAAUGCUCUAGUUAAAGUUAUUCGGGUUUUUCAGGACAUUUUUAUUGUUCUACAGAAGAUUAACAAGAUUUACCAAUCAUUUAGAUCUAUGGCCUUUGAAAAUAAUUGUGGUGAGAGAGCUAAGUGUUUCUGAAUAUGGGCCUUAAAUUGCACAAGAAGCUUAUUUCCAUUUUAAGUGAAGCAAGGAGUACUGUAGGGUCAUGACAAAUGGAUUAAAAGGAGUGGAUUGAUAUGAAAAUGCUUACUCGGUUCAUUAUUCUAUCAUAGCUAAAAAUAUGUACUGUAUGAUAAGGGCUUGUCCAUACAAAACCUUAUGUUGUAGAAGGAAGAAUUGCAUUUACUCUUUCUUCUGCUACUGCACUAUAUUUGUACAAGGAGGGAGAAGAUAUUUGAGCUGAAUAUAAAAGGCAGAUUAAUUUUACAGCUGAUGGUAAUUAAAAAGACUUGUAACUUUUGUUCAAAUGUUCACAACAAUAUCUAAGAGAUGUAGCCCUUGAUGGUGUACUAAUGAAUUUUAAGAAACAGAAAGAUGUUUAGAAGGAAGAUGUAUAGAAAAUUACUUGUAUGGGAAGAGUCAGUAAUGAGGUGGAAAUCAAGCAAAGUGUGACCAAAGAUUUUAGGUGCCAUGUGGGAGAAGUGUAAAUAAUAGAGAUGUGGAAGAUGUGGUUAGUGUUAGGCAAAUGUCAAGUUGGUAUGGUUAAGGCAAGGAAAAUGAGAGAAAAUACAUGGUAGACAGAUAAUGUCAAAGAAGCAGUUAGUUAAAAUAAGGAAUUUUUACAUGGUGUUUGUCAAUAGUUAUGCAAGAAGUUAGUCAGAGUAAAAUUAUAAGGGGCAUGGAAGGUUUAAAAUUGGUUAAGAUCCAGAUCUGAUCCUUAGUUUCAGGAGGGCUGGCUUAGCACCCUGUUCCUAAUCCUGUCCUGGAGAUGCACUCAGUAUCCUCUACCUGUUAUCAACACUUUGUCCUUUGGCUUGUUCUGAAGUUUUCUCUGUUUUGAGCUCUUGUCAUUGCAUUUCUUUAUUGUGUCCAGUCAAUUUUGUGUUGUUCCUAAUCGUGUAUCAUAAGUUUUAUUGAUAUUUUUGUCUUCUCAUUGAUAGGAUUUGAUUAAGUACUGUUCUCCUUUUCCAUGAAGUGACCUCUCCAUAAAAUAUAAAAGAUCUCUGGCAUAGUGCCAUACAUUCCACACUUACACUAGAAUUUCACAGCUUGCUACCAUAGCUCAUAGAAGUUAUCACAAAUAUCCCUUUAAAAUUUAGAUCCUUUAUAUUUCUGUCCAGAAUCAUGCCAGAUCUUUUAAUCCUUCAUUCUUUUCUUAACUUACAAAACCUUGCCAGCUUUCAUUCUUCAGGUCCAGGCAUCCAGUCAGUCUCCACUGUCUCUUCACCAUUGCUUCCUAUUGUCAAUGAAAAUAGCUUCACUGCUACUCUGCUUCUGAUGCUCAUGGCAUAGAUUGACAGACAUUACAUAAUACACACAAUACAAAUAGCAUAAUAGGAACAACAAUAUAUGCAACCAAGAAAUGGACAGAACACAAUGCUGAGGCUUGUUAUCCAAGCAGUAGAAAUGAAUUCUCUGAAAGGUGCUUGCGGUGCAAAGAACAUAGAGUAAUAAGCUUACGUGAAACAUUGAGCCUGUCAAGGAAAGUGAAGACUUGUGGAAUGGCUGAGAUGACAGAAUGCAUCACUAUGACAGUGUUGUCAGCUGUGGAGUAUAGGAAUGGAAUAGGAUAAGUAGAAGGAUACAUGGUGUGGGUGUAGGGAGAACACCUCCACUAAUAUUAGAAGUGUUGAAUUAUUUUAGAGGAUGAGUGAGGGAAGGGAAUAGAGAUAAAAAUAAGUGAAGAGUUUUGUGUUGUGGUCAUAGUCUUGAGGAAGUUGCAUGUGAACAGAUUGAUCAAUAUUGAGGUAGAUAAAUGAGCAUGAAUGGUGACUGCAGCAUAUUGUAGAUCAAUAAAAGAAAUUCAUUAGU